AGGUUAACGGGUCCAACUUCGCAGUUUUCUGUCUUUCUUCGGUUUGCCGCCGUUAACAGAGCAGGCAUUUUGGUUGUUCGCUGGCAGCUGCAUUAAUUGUAAAUCGAAAGAGCAAAAUGACAACUGAACACGAAAAACCCGGAGAUUGUGGUGACGAAGUAGAAUCAGUCGAAGAGGAAGAGACUGGACAAAACAUCGCCAGAAUCCUAGAUUUUCCAAACGUUCUGGCCGCUAUACAGAGUCAGCGACAUGCUGAAAUGCUGGCUCUGCUACCGGAUUCUGUGAAAAGGAGAAUUAAAGCUCUGAAAAAAAUUCAGUUAGAAGCUACGAAUAUUGAAUCAAAGUUUUUCAAAGAAGUGCAUGAAUUGGAAUGCAAAUAUCACAGGCUCUAUGUGCCUCUUUAUGAGAAGAGAAAUACUAUCGUUAAUGGUUUAUAUGAACCAACCGACGAUGAAUCUCAAUGGCCUUCCGAUAACGAAGAAGAAAUUGGCGAAAAUACCAAAGAAAAGGAAGAUCUUCCUGAUGCUUUGAAAGAUAAACUCACCAUAGAAGAUGCCAAGAAGGAAGACAAAGACGUGAAAGGAAUUCCUGAAUUUUGGUUGACAAUUUUUAGAAAUGUCAACUUACUAUCUGAAAUGGUUCAACCACAUGAUGUUCCCAUUCUGAAACACUUGACUGAUAUCAAGACUAUUUGCAAGGAAGAUCCAAUGAGUUUCAUUCUUGAAUUUCACUUUUCGCCAAAUGAGUAUUUCACCAAUCUUGUACUCACAAAAGAAUACGAAAUGAAAUGUGCCCCAGAAGAGGAAGAUCCCUUCAGCUUUGAAGGUCCUGAGAUCUACAAAUGCACAGGAUGCGUUAUUAACUGGAACAAGGGCAAAAACGUUACCUUGAAAACAGUCAAGAAAAAGCAAAAACAUAAGAGUCGUGGCGUUAUUCGCACUGUUACAAAGACUGUUCAGAAUGACUCAUUCUUCAAUUUCUUCAGCCCUCCUGCUAUUCCCGAUGAUACUAAAGAAGAUGAUGUCGAUGAAGACUUGAGAAAUACACUGACCGCUGACUUUGAAAUCGGUCACUACAUCAGAGAAAGGGUCGUACCCAGAGCUGUGCUUUUCUUUACUGGUGAAGGCUGUGAGGACGAAGAUGAAUUUGAGGAAGAGGAGGAAGAAGAUGAUGAUGAGGAAGACGGAGAUUCUGAUAGUAAAGAAACCAGUGGUAAAACUACUAAAGAUCAGAACUGUAAACAGCAGUAGUAGAUCUUGGGAUUAUCCGUUUACAACAUAUAUGCUUUAAAACACUUGAUAUUACAGUUAAUCUCCUUAUUUUUGUACCGAAUAUGUUUUUAAUAUUCUAUUUAUUUGGCUGUAUAAAUUGUAUACCCACCCACAGAACGUUGUAAUUGAUUUAGGAAAAUAUUUUAAAUUGUUGUAGUCCUGUUGUACUCAAGUAUUAGUAUUGUGCUUAGUAAAUUUUGUAAUGUUUCCUAAAUUUGUUUUGUGAAUGAAAUAUUAAAACAGUUUCAUAAUAGA